AUGGCUUUGAAAAAAACACCUAAACUAUUCAAGAAAUUAUUUUUUCACUGGAAACUUUGGAAAUGUAGCAUUAUUCUGUUUGUCUUUUUGGUUUUUUUAUUUUUAUUACAACGAGAAGUCAGUGUUCAAGAUUUUAAAGAUGAAGCAGGGAUUGAGCCAGUUGUUGGAAAGAAAAGUCAUGUGUUAGGUCUCAUGUUAAAUGCUAUGAACAACAUCAAAGGUGCAAAGCCAAAAAUGCAGAUAAAAGCACCUGUUAGGCAAACUAAGAUUCCUGGAGAGAGACACUGUUUGCCAGGACACUAUACUGCAGUGGAAUUAAAACCCUUUCUGGAUCGACCCCUUCAAGAUCCUAAUGCUCCUGGAGCUUCUGGUAAAGCAUUUAAAACCAUCAACUUAAAUUCAGAAGAACAGAAAGAAAAACAGCGUGGAGAAGAAAAACACUGUUUUAAUGCAUUUGCAAGUGAUAGGAUUUCUUUACACCGCGAUCUUGGACCAGACACUCGACCUCCUGAAUGUAUUGAACAAAAGUUUAAGCGUUGCCCGCCAUUGCCAACCACAAGUAUUAUAAUAGUUUUUCAUAAUGAAGCAUGGUCCACUCUGCUCAGAACUGUUCACAGCGUCAUGUAUACAUCCCCUGCCAUACUGCUAAAGGAGAUUAUUUUGGUGGAUGAUGCCAGUGUAGAUGAAUACUUGCGUGAUAAACUAGAUGAAUAUGUGAAACAAUUUCAAAUAGUUAAAGUAGUCCGUCAAAAGGAAAGAAAAGGUCUAAUCACUGCACGGUUGUUGGGAGCUUCAGUAGCAACAGGAGAGGCCCUUACCUUUCUGGAUGCUCAUUGUGAAUGCUUUUAUGGCUGGCUAGAGCCGUUGUUGGCAAGAAUAGCUGAGAACCCUGUUGCUGUUGUAAGCCCUGAUAUUGCUUCUAUAGAUCUCAAUACUUUUGAAUUCAGUAAACCAUCUCCUUACGGGCAUAGCCACAACAGAGGAAAUUUUGAUUGGAGUUUGUCAUUUGGAUGGGAGUCUCUUCCUAAACAUGAAAAUAAAAGAAGAAAAGAUGAAACCUAUCCAAUUAGAACACCUACUUUUGCUGGAGGUCUCUUUUCAAUAUCAAAAGACUACUUUGAACACAUUGGAAGCUAUGAUGAAGAAAUGGAAAUAUGGGGAGGUGAAAAUAUAGAAAUGUCUUUCAGAGUAUGGCAAUGUGGUGGACAGUUGGAGAUCAUGCCUUGCUCUGUUGUUGGCCAUGUCUUUCGCAGCAAGAGUCCCCAUACUUUCCCAAAAGGUACUCAAGUGAUCACACGUAAUCAAGUCCGCCUUGCAGAAGUCUGGAUGGAUGAAUACAAAGAAAUAUUUUACCGAAGAAACACAGAGGCAGCAAAAAUUGUGAAACAAAAAACAUUUGGAGACAUCUCAAAAAGACUUGAUUUAAGGCAGCGUCUGCAAUGUAAAAACUUCACCUGGUAUCUCAGUAAUGUUUAUCCAGAAGCAUAUGUUCCAGACCUGAAUCCUUUGUUUUCUGGAUAUUUAAAAAACAUAGGUAACCGCAUGUGCCUGGAUGUUGGUGAAAAUAACCAUGGUGGCAAACCAUUGAUUAUGUAUUCUUGUCAUGGACUUGGAGGAAAUCAGGACCCGUGCAGCUUCGCGAAUGUAACUACAAAGGCCAGAAAACCUUUGCCAUUGGAGAAGAGCAAUGGCUGCAUCAAAAGGAUCAAACUCUGUACAAUGCAGCACUACAUAUGUGCCUUACAGGAAACGGAGAACAUCCAAGUUUGGCAUCCUGUAAUCCAUCAGACACCUUCCAGAAGUGGAUUUUCGGCCAGAACACUUAAGAUUUGA